AUGAGACGGGCUCUAAAAGUAGCUGCGUUUGGAACCUUGAUAGGUGGAGCCGGGCUUUAUUACUCAUUUCCACUACUCCGCGAUGACUGAAAGCAUCUUUUAUAUGCUGGCAUCAGAAUUUUUAGAAUUACAAAGACAGCUAGUGUAAUCGCAGUAAAUUACAUAGGAGGUAUCACUCCAGAAAAACACAGAGAAAAUGCCGCAAGGCUUUACAAAACUUUGCUAAAUUCCCCUUCCUUCAUAAUUUUUGCUCGCUUAAAAAACGUUGCUAAAAAUUUAAAAUAUAAAUUUUAUAUAUUAAAUUAAGAUUCUUAUUGGAUUUAUGCUUCAAAAGCAAAAUUUUAAAGUUAAAUAGAAUUAAAAAGAUUUUUAUUAUAAUAACUAUCCUUAUUUCAAAAUAUUAUAAUAAGAAUUUUAUUUUAUGAUUUUAUCAGAAAUAUUAGGAUUUUUAAAAUAAUUUUGCUAGACCACAACGGGAGUAAGCAACGGUGGCUGCUAUGUAAAAUUUGGCCAAGCAAUAGCCCAACUUGACUUACUAGUUCCUCAAGAAUAUGCUGACGCAAUGAAGCCAAUGCUAAAUGAAUGCCAAAUCGAAGACUUCGAAAUAAUCAAACAAACCUUAGAAGAAGAACUUAAACAGGCAAUAUCUGAAGUUUUCAUAGAAUUCGAAAAAAAGCCUAUAGCAAGCGCUUCGCUCGCUCAAGUCCACAAAGCUAAGCUGAAAAAUGGAAGCAUUGUUGCUGUUAAAGUCCAGCAUCAACAUAUUCGUGAAGAAAUGCCAGGCGAUAUUAGAGUCCUUGAUUUUUUAGCUAGGACAGGCAAAAAGCUCUACUCAGACUUUGAUUAUGAGUGGCUUAUAGACGAUCUAAAAGUAAAUACAGCACAAGAAUUGAAUUUCAACAUAGAAAUAAGCAAUGCGCUUAGAUGCGCAAACAUAUUUAAAGGAGACCCUUAUAUUAAAGUACCAAAAAUGUAUACUGAUUUCAGCACAGAUAAAGUUGUUACUAUGGAAUUUAUUGAUGGUGUAUUAGUUACCAAUAUUUCUGGGAUCCAGAAAAUGGGCUUGGAUUUUAAAGAUAUAGCUCAUACAUUAUCAAGGGCUUUUAAUGAAAUGAUUUUUGUACAUGGAUUUGUGCAUUGCGACCCACAUCCAGGAAAUAUUCUAAUUCGGCCAUCUAAGGUGCGAGGAAAGGCUGAAGUUGUGCUGCUCGACCAUGGGCUAUACAAAGAAUUGCCUAUAAAUGUAAAAAACAGCUAUUCGGGUAUGUGGAAAAGUAUCAUUCUUAAAGAUGAAGAUGGGAUGAAAAAGCAUGCAGCAGAACUCGGAGUCACCUCUAUGUACCCUUUACUAGCAGGAAUGAUGGUGGGAAGACCAUGGGAAGAAAUCAUGAGCAAUGCUGAAGGAUUUGAAAAGUUUAGGAAUGCCCGUGCCUAUGCCUCAGACAAAGAAGCAUUGAGAAGCCAUGCACUGAGGUGAAACAGAGAAAUUAAUCAAAUUUUAGGGCUGAUUAAUAGAGAUUUGGUACUAUUGUUUAAGACUUUUGAGUGACUUAGAGCUAUUGAUGCUGAGCUUGGAGCUCCAAUUAACACUAUUCAGAUUAUUGCAGACUAUUGUACAAGAAAUAAUACCAGCUUGUGGGCGAGAUGGUGGAUUCAGUUCAAAAUGUGGAUUUUCGUAAGGGUUAUGAUUUGGAUGGGAUGGGUAGGGCUUCUGUAA